GUCUCCAGAACGCUCCUCGAGGACACACAUGAAGACUCUAGUACCUCCUCUGCUUUUCCUUUACUAGGUACUACUACUAGAAUAGAACCCUCUGAGGAUCAUGAGGAACUAAAGAACCUAUGUCACGCGUUACAAGACUCUGACUCUGGAACCGUAGCGAGACUUCGCGAGUUCGUUCUCUCUUUCGUCGAUCGUGAGUUGCGCCACCUAGACGCGUGCCCUUCGACGGAUUCUCCUUCUUCAACUACGACCACUAGGAGAAAGAAUAGUAAGAAAGAGUGUACCAUUUGUACCAGUAGUUCAACUUCCAUUUUUCCCGUUACCUCUCCCGUUGCUAGUAGGGACUCCAUCUGCUGCUCGACGGUUGCAAUACGAGUGCCCUCUCUUCCUCGUAGCGGAACAAGCGGAUCAGACAUGGACUCAUUGUGCACGAGGUUAGGAGACCUCGAGAUCACAGCCGCUAGCAGCAGCCGAAGCACAUCUAAUUCUAAAAGUGCGACGAGUGCGACUUCUAGGAAUUAUACUUGUACUAGUGCUACUUCUACUCCUACUACAACUGCAUCCCUUCUACAACAGGAUGAACCAGUAGCUCAUAGAAGUAGUCCUAGCAAACCACGUAAAAAAGAUGAACAUCAAAAAGAAUGUCGAGGUCGCAGCUCAUGCUCGGGUCCUGGGGCUUCUGAGGAUAAUAUUAAGGCGACCAAGCGAGCAUCCCCAGCAUCAUCCCUGGCCUCUUUUUCAAGGGGGAAACGGGUCCAGGGAUGGCCUCAGGGAUGCACGUCGCAUGUAGAACGAUGUCGGCACGCAUCUUCUGCAUGUUCUACAUCGUCAGCAGGGACAUCCUCAGGCAUGCUCUAAUAUUAUUAAUAGGCGCGCUGCCGAGGUAGAAGAUGCGGAUCAGUGGAUGGCUCAGGUGGAAAAGAGCUGUGAUAUCGCUGAUAAAGCCAUGCAGGUCGCUGCCCAGGCACAGCAGGCAACGGCGUUCCUAGGAAAUUACAACAAGGGUGGUGGCGCUGGAACUAACAAUCUACAACUAAAAGAUUCAAAAUCUCCUUCUAGAAGUUCUAAGUCCACGGGGGAGCAACAUGGUAGUCCAUCGUCUAGUAAAAAAAAAAAUGGAGGAAACGAGAGCUGCAAAAGGAGGGCACGAGGAGGCAGCAGCAGUAGUUCAUCAACGCCUCACUCAAACUCAAAGCAGCUACAGCAGAAUUCUGGCGUGAAACAAGGUACAACUAAUACUAUUAAAUCCAGCACAGCGAGAAGAUCGACAUCCAGUACUUCUUGUGGAGUAGUUCAGGACGAUCCUAGACCUAGUUAUGAAGCGAAAAUCUGUUAUCAUUAUCUAUCAAGUUUCUGAAGAUGAAAAGUAUGAUAAUGAUAACAGAUUUUCUUUUCAUACUAGUGCUCCUUCUCCUGUCGCUCCCAUCGGCUCAGUGGUUGACAUAAAUGCAGAGGAUGAAGCGGAGCUGGAUAGGCUCAUAAGGGAACGAGAGGACUUCGAGAGGGCGCAGCCAGGCCUGCUGAGGCAGUGCGGACAGCGGUUCCGAGAAUUUGUAGAGAACUUAACUUAAGGGAGGUUGAAGCAUUUGCAUUUCGUUUCUUCUUCUACCUGUUUUUCUCCCGUAGCAUUGCUUCUAGCUAGAAAUUAAAGGUGCUCCUCCUGGUGUUAAUACCGUUUGCUUUGCCUCCCGUAUAAGGGAGAAAGGCAGAAGAAACGGGAAACACAAACACCAAAACUAACACGAGGGCCUCUUCUAAUUAACGCGCAAGUUGGCGAGUAUGAAUCGGCAACGCUGGCACGACACAAAGCAGGAAUUCGAAGGACUCUGGCAGGCGGUUUUGGACGACGGUGAUCAGCAAGAACAGCAAACUGUUGCUCGAGAUCAUACAGAAUUAUGAUGCUGGCGUUCUGUUUGAGUUUGCUACAACAAACACCCCUACAGAAUGUUCAUGUUGUACUUAAUAGUGUUAGUGAUAGUGUUACUCACUUAGUUCGUUGAUGAAGAAAAUGUAAAACAAGCGAAGUAGAAGUACUUGUUGGGUAUAUCAAAUAAGAUGAAGUCGAGGGAUCGAAGCGAUAUUUAUAUGGUGGCAACCUCAUGCUCAUCCUCUAAAAUGAUCUACGAUAAUGGUCGAUGAGCAAGCCUCAGACGGCGAGGGUGGUCGUGCUGAGAAAACAGAGGCUUCUGCUCCUCUCGCAAACGGUAGAGCCAAGAAGCAGGGCCGGAGCUCUCCAAGUACAACAGGGAAAACAAAUGCAACAUCUUCUUCGAGGGCAAGUGAACGAUUACGACAGUGCUGUCAUCAAGUAACAUUUGUUGAGGAGAGAACAAGAGGCACUUCUACUCACCACCAUCCACCUGGUUCUGCAUCUGUGAGGACAUCAGAAGAUAAAGCCAUAAAAAAUAAGCAGGUGGACGAUGAAGAACGGAUGGAUCUUCAUCAAGACAACAUGCAUAAAGCUGACUCUGGCUGCGAUUCGCCUUCGCGUGAUGAAUCUUGCUCUCUUUUUUUGGGUGCGUGGUCAGCGGAAAAACAUGAGUCAUUCGAUCGCAUCGCCAAGGUUGGGAUUGGCCUUACGUUUAUAACGUGCUUCCUACACAUGUGCGGGACCCCGAUUUGCGUCCAGGACGACCAAAUGUUCGGAUUAGUUGCCGCGGGCCUCGUUCACCCGUGUCCAUCAGUCUGCGUCGGGUGCGGCGUUUACCUCUCACUCACUGCCGCUGCUGAAAUCGAUGAUAAUGGAAAAAUUAAACCUUUUUUACGAAAAGGAAAACAAAUAGGUACGAGUAUUUUGAAGAUGAACCAUGCAUCGUCUCUAUCUAGAAGUCAAUCUGUGUCUACUAACGCCAUCGCCUUUUAGAGGUUUCUUUCUCUUUAUUGUGUGUGGUCAAUUAUGUUCAACACUGGAAAGUAUAUUAAGUAUAAGUAUGAGAUUGAUGAGACGUAUCUAUAGGCAUUAAAAGUUCUUGGAAGAUCAACUUCAACUUGGGUUAAGGUGCCGCAGUUGAUGGCACCUCUUCCUCUAACUUACGCAAAGGCCGUGCGACAGUCCCGUUUCUGUUGGAGGCGCACACUGGCUUGGCUCUUGCCGAGUCUUUCCCUAUGGAUCCUUUUUUGGACUCCAGCCCCGCAGGAUGCGAUCCAGGGAGCCCCAGUAUGUGAGGCUUGGCGGCGGGGCAAUGGCUCUUCUUCUAUCGGAGAUUCUUUGAUGGAAGCAAUCGGACAUACACAUGAUGAAGAAGAAUCUGCGCAACAAAAGGAUCAAAAUGACAUACACAUUACCCUGAAUCAAAUCGAUGUGGAAGGAAAACUUAGAAGUACAAGAAGGAAAGAAGGAGAACAUCGCAGAGGUGAAGAAGACGUACUGCUACAGAAAGGAUCAGGAGCUCACCAGCAACUGGAGAGUCGUGUGCAACAAUUAGAGCAAGAAAGAGGAGGAGAAUCAUCUUCGGGCGCGGCGCCAACAUUUGAGCCCACGUUACCUGUAGGAGUUACGCUGUGCUUAGGCUUUCAGGUUGGGCUGUCCGUUAGUUGUAAUUGGUUACGCAGAGCAGCCGAGCGUGACAGAAUGGUAACCGACGAACCAGGUAACCGACGAACCGAGAGUAGCUCAAGUAGAUCCCGGAAAAUGCCACUGCUGGAAAACCUAGGGAAAAAAGCCGCUCGCCGAAGAAACAAAGAGAUGAAACGAGGAUGAAGACGAAGACGAUUAAUAGUCGAUAGAGAAGGACGCAGUAUUGCAAUCUAUCAGAAUUAGAUGUGUGUCCCCCCGUAAGGGCUUCUCGCUUAGGCAAGAAGAAGAACUAACGUUAGUAUGUCUAUGUUGAAUCUACAUAUAUAAUUUUUCAUGCACAUGAACGAUAACGCCUGUCUUACCAUGGACAUUGGUGUAAUACCGCUGGACAAAAAGCAGGUGGCUCACACUGUCGUAUACUAGUGCUCCUGCUGUGAGAAUUGGCAAAGACCGGACCACCAUUAUUUUGUUUCUUCAUCUCGGUUUUGUAAUUUUGGACAAAAUCAAUGAUCAUGCUAGGUUCACAUCAUACUUUUCGUAUUCUUUUGUAAAUUUCCAAAUGAAAAUUUUUGAUACAUAAUUUCUCUCAGGGAAAAAAGUGAUCACUCUCGGUCUCGUACUCGUUUCUUAACAAACCAUUAAUUCAAGCAUUCAAACCCUAAAAGUUUCAUCAUGACAUCAUUACUCAGGCGCAAUACCUGAACACUUGCAACUAGUACCCAUAGCGACACGUAAGAGAUAUGGGAAUGAAUCCGCGUCUGUACGAGGACACGUCCUCGUUCUCAUGGGUGAAGAAACUACACCCUGCAUGAUGAGCAAAUCUUCGAUAUCGAGAUCUCGAUUGAUAAAUUUAAGUACCUCGAAAAGAAAAUAUCAUUUGGCGUCGUGAUCCAUGGCAUCAUCUAUGAGCGACGAGAGCGACUUACCCAUUCCCAUUGUACGUGAAGAGGUGGGCAGGAGUGGACGACCCAAUAUCGUAGUUGCAAGGAUCGAGACAGGGACUCGGUAGGAUGUAAUCGAUUCAUGGAGCUGAAGUCGGGAUCAGAUUCAGAUACUGCCGGUGACAUGGCAAUACUACUACUAAUAUUUAUAUGAUAAUGAUCAUGAUGAUGGUGAUGAUCCCCAUCGCCUCAAGCAUCUAGGGGACGAUCAUCACCAUCAUCAUGAUCGUAUAAUAGAGUAGUUUAUAGAACGGAUGUAGGAUGGACUUGGAUGGAUCGGAUGGACCCCCCUGAUUCUUCCGAUCCUACUAUUAUAUGAUCAUGAUGAUGGUGAUGAUCGUCCCCCAGAUGCUUGAGGCGAUGGGCCUCGGGAUGGUCAGGCAGUUGCGACCGUGGGCGACGCUUUUCGCUUGUACUUGCAUAUGCCGUAGUCAUUACGGCCCCAUUUCUUCAUGUUGACGUGACUCAUCUGUUC